UUCACAGCUGAUAUGAAUAAGCUCUUAUUUAAUAGAUGGACCACAGCUGUUAGAACGGUUCCAGUGUUUACAGUUUUCCGAAUUUUCCACGAUGUCAUCUUUCAAAGACAAGGUAAUUAUUGUGACCGGAGCCAGCUCUGGAAUUGGAGCAAGCGCUGCAGUCCACUUGGCCAGCCUCGGAGGACUCCUGGUCAUCGUCGGUCGCAACGUGGAGAAGCUAAGGGAGACUGCCGAAAACAUUGUGGCAGCCGGAGGAGCUCCUGCCUUGGAACUGCAGGCGGAUAUGACCAAGGAGGCGGAAGUGCAACAGAUAGUGGAUGCCACGCUGGCCAAAUACGGACGCAUCGAUGUCCUGGUCAACAAUGCGGGCAUCCUGGAGAGCGGCUCCAUCGAGAACACCAGCCUGGAGCAGUUCGAUCGCCUGAUAAACACUAAUGUGCGGUCUCUGUACCAACUCACCAUGUUGGCCACUCCGGAGCUGGUCAAGACCAAGGGCAACAUCGUGAACGUGUCUAGCGUCUGUGGGCUUCGUGCCUUUCCCGGUGUCCUGGCUUACAAUGUGUCCAAGGCGGCUGUGGAUCAGUUCACGGCCUGCGUGGCCUUGGAACUGGCCUCCAAAGGGGUCCGAGUAAAUGCCGUGAAUCCCGGCGUGAUUGUAACCGAUAUUCACAAACGUGGCGGCAUGGACGAGGAGACGUACGCCAAGUUCCUGGAGCACUGCAAGGUCACCCACGCCCUUGGUCGUCCUGGGGAUGUCAAGGAGGUGGCGGCGGCCAUUGCCUUCCUGGCCAGCGAGGCUGCCAGCUUUAGUACUGGAGUCAGUCUGCCAGUGGACGGAGGUCGCCAUGCCAUGUGCCCCAGAUAACUUAUGGAUAUUAAGAUGAAGAAAUUAUCCGUGGCAUUUAACGAAUUUAACGAAUAAAUCUGAUUAAUUUUAACUGGUCCAAUAAAAUGUAACUCGAUAUUUGCAA